AUGAGCGGAGCUGUGGACACACGACACAUGGGCGACGAGCCAGUGUACACAUGUGUGACGUGCAAUAUAGCGUACUUCAGUGCGCAUGAGCAGCGCGAACAUUUCCGCUCCGACUUGCACCGCUACAAUAUGAAGCGCCGUGUGACAGAUUUGGCGCCCGUCAGUGCCGCCACAUUUAACGACAAAGUGCAGGAGCGCCGUGCGGUGCUUGCGCAGGCACAGGAGCCCGGACAGUCUGGCAAAUGCCAGGUAUGCAACAAACUGUUUUCCUCGCAGAAUGCGUACAGGGACCACAUGCAGUCGAAGAAGCACAAAGAGAUGGAAAAGAAGCGCGCAAAUGCACCGAAACGGCCCGAUGCGCCACCGCGCACUGCGCCGCCCAUAGAGGGAACGGAGCAAGAGGGCGAGCAUAUGGACGAUGAAACGAGCAUGGAACAGUCGAUGGAGCAGAAAAUUGCGCGCGCACGCCGGAUCGAUCCCAGUGCAGAGUGCCUCUGUUGUGGCGUACAGCAGUCUUCAUUGGAGGACAAUGUGGCGCACAUGCAGAGCGCGCACGGGUUCUUUUUGCCCGAGCGCAAGUACCUCGUUGAUCCUGCGGGUCUUAUGCAGUACCUGGCGGAUAAAGUAUCGGUAGGCAAUGUAUGCCUGUGGUGCAACGGCAAAGGCCGCAGCUUUCACGAUCUCGAGUCUAUACGGAAGCAUAUGCUAGACAAGUCGCACUGCAAGGUUGCAUAUGACACACAGGAGGAUCAGCUCGAGCUGUCUGACUUUUACGAUUUCCGCGCAAGCUACCCAGACUACCAAGGUUCCGAUUGGGAGGAUGCGGACGACGACGCAAAACCCGGCGACGAAAUGUGGGUGCCCGACCAAGAGGACGAGGAGAGACUGCCGGACAACAAUGUGCGCUACGGAGACUCGGAGCUAGAGCUUGUGUUGCCGUCUGGUGCACGGCUUGGGCAUCGCUCUCUGCAGCGGUACUAUCGCCAGACGCUCUGGCAGACGCCAGCGGCGCAGACGAAUGCAAAUAGCGGACGUGCGCUGGCGCACAGACUUGCGGGCACGCAUACGGCGCCGUCAAAUCUAGUCGUUACUUCGCGCGGCGGUAACCAGGUCGUUGCGCGGAACCACGGCGAGGCCAAGGAAGCGAAUCGGCACAUACGCGAGUUCCGCGACCAGAAACGGCGCGAGCAGUACAAGACCAAGAUUGGUUUUCGCAAUAACAACCAGAAACAUUUCCGGGAUCAACUCUUGCAGUAG